AUGCCUAAGGAGCCCAAGCACAGCCUCGCAGCUCGCGCGCGGGUCCAAGACGCCCAUCAGCAGGGGGUGGACUGGGAACUUGUCGUCAAGCACAAUGGCAUCCCCCGGACUACUGCUCGCCGCAUCGUCAUGAGCGGGAGCCCGGAGGUGAAGCAGCGCGGCGGCUCUCGGGCGGCGAACAUCAAGUGCACCCCAGAGAUUGAGGCGGCGCUGGUCGCCUAUGUAGUCUAG